CACAAGGGACAGCCUGCUGUCACACUCCACUUUUCUUAGUGUUCCAAACAGUAGAAAAUGUGCAGAAAAAAAGACAACUAAUACUACUCACCAGUCACGUCUUAAUAUAUACUACCAAAAUCUACCAAAAGAAAAAAAGAAAAAGAAAAAUUGCAGCACACCAUAGCCAUCUCUUUAUCUUUAAUUUGCUUCUUCAACGACCCAUUGCUUCAUACAUUCACCUCCAUUAUUAACCCUAGAACUGGAAAUCAAGCAGAUGGGUCUUCUUAUUUCCGGUUUUGGACAACUGGGUCGGGCAUAGAAUCUUUGUCUGGGGCUCCUUGAUCUGCUCCAGGGCCGUUCCCACUAAUUCAGCUCCCACAGCUUGUAUAGUUAGUGUAAAUGGUGGAUUGAUUGACUUGGUUUGACUCGGUUCCUCAACAUGGCUCGCCGUCAUGGCUGGCAACUCCCGGCUCACUCGUUCCAGGUUGUUGCUAUAACAGUUUUCUUCCUGCUCUCUGUUGCCUUCUACGCAUUUUUUGCUCCAUUCCUUGGAAAGGACCUCUACGAGUACAUAGCAACUGGUGUCUAUUCGUUCUUGGCACUUAGUGUAUUUAUCCUCUAUGCGAGAUGCACGGCCAUUGAUCCUGCUGAUCCUGGGAUUUUUGUUGUAGCUGAUAAAACAUCACCCUGUAGAUCACACAAUGAGAUGGAGUUACCCGGUGAUUCAUCUGCUAGAGAAGGGUCAAACAAGGGAGGACCCAGAAGUGGUGGAAAGUAUGAUAGGCAAGCUUCGGGUUGCUGUGGAAGAUUCUGUGGGUUCUUUUGUGGUUGUCUUGUGAUUGGCGAUUGCCGCAAAGAUGAGCAGCAGCAGCAAAACGGGGAGGAAGAGGCUUUGUUCUGCACAUUGUGCAACGCAGAGGUUCGCAAGUUCAGCAAGCACUGCAGAAGUUGUGACAAAUGUGUUGACGGAUUUGAUCAUCACUGCCGUUGGUUGAAUAAUUGCGUGGGAAGGAAAAAUUACUUCACAUUUGUAUGCCUUAUGGGAGCAAGCCUUAUUUGGCUUACCUUUGAAUGUGCCGUCGGCAUUGCUGUUAUAGUUAGAUGCUUUGCAUAUAAAAACGCUACAGAGUUUCAGAUUAGGGAUAGGCUUGGAGAUGGAUUCUCCCGACCACCAUUUGCUACUGUAGUGGCUCUAUGUACAGCAGUUUCGUUUCUUGCCACAGUGCCAUUAGGGGAAUUAUUCUUUUUCCACAUUAUUCUAAUACGCAAGGGUAUCACGACAUACGACUAUGUGGUUGCUAUGAGGGCCCAAAGCGAGGCUCCUGGACCCUCCGUAGAUGCGGGAGACCUGCAAAGUUUGCCGCCUUCAUCACCGACGAGCUCUGCUGUGACGGCCAUCAGUGGAAAGAGUUCUUUGGGAAUUGGCUUGCAAUAUAAGGGUUCUUGGUGUACUCCUCCAAGAAUCUUCAUGGAUCACCAGGACGAAAUUAUCCCUCAUCUAGAGCCAGGGCGUUUACCCUCGACGGUUGAUCCAGAUACCCUGGAAGCAGACAAGGAACGACAGCUACCGCAGCGCCAAGUGAGAAUCAGCGCAUGGAAGCUUGCGAAAUUAGACUCGAAAGAAGCAAUCAAAGCGGGUGUGAAGGCCCGAGCUUCGUCUUCUGUUUUACGCCCGGUUAGUUCUAGGAAUCAUCCCUACGAUGCUGAUACCUUAUCCAGCGUCAUGAGUGGUAAAAGCAGCCCGGCAAGCAGUAACCACGGAUACUUUGAGAGAAACGCUAAAGCCGAGACCUCGAGAUUAUCCCCUUCCCGGAGCUCAUACCCUCCCAGCCAAGCAAGCAGAGAAGACACCGAAACUUGCGGCCACAGCAUCAGCAACAUGAGCAGCCCUGUCCCAACGAACUUGACCACAUCGCCACUAGGCCACCGUUCUUCUAGCCGAGAUCAUUUCAACCCGAUGUAUCAAUCAUCAGCCGACCACUCGCCACCGUCCACGAAAGUAAGUGACACCAACGCUUUACCCCAUUUACCAGCUAGGAAGAACGGGUUGGGGGUUCUCGUUCCCGAGAACCCUAGGACAACGGUCGUCUGGGAUCAGGAGGCGGGGCGGUUCGUAUCCACUGCAACCAAAAGCGUGGCGUCUUCCUCCCAACAUUCUGGUGCCGGGACAGAGCUAACGUACACAGGCCAGUCGAUAUUCUUCGGGGGUCCCUUGUCAAACGAGCGGAUGAGAGGCGGCAGUGGCGGCACUGCAGCAGCAUCGUCUGCCGGUUCGCAGAGAAAUGCAGUGCCGAAUUACUUUCAGCAAGGAAGAUCACAAAGAGGAGGUCAGCUCCCUGUAUUUGUUCCUAGUGAUUCCCGGCAAGAUCCGUUUUCUUCCCGGUUGCAAUGACACUAGAAUCAGACAUUGAUUUUGCAGCUUUGGUUUCUCAAAAAAAAAAAAAAAAAAAUUGUUUCCCUCUGCUAGUCUACCUUCAACAGUAGUAAAUGGUCUCUCCGUCUCAUUUUAAAUGCUCGAUUCUGUUAAUAAUUAUCUAAUUUUACAAUUCUAACUUU